CGAUGAAGCCAGCAUGAAAAUGGCCAUUUCUGCUGUAAAGCAGAACAAGAUGAAGAUUAGAAAAGCAGCAGCGGAAUACUGCGUCCCAAAGUCAACUUUAUCUGACCGUAUUCGGGGUCGUUAUGAAACAUCAGUAAAGGGGCCGAGUCGGCAGAUUACGCCCGAGGAGGAAGCUGGUUUGGUUAAUUACCUGUUGCACAUGGCAAAUCAGGGAUUUCCACUAAAUAGGCAAAUGACCAGAGCAUAUAUUCAGACAAUUGUUAAACGUUCUGGGCGGACCACACUUUUUAAUUUAGAUAAAGGGCCUUCAAAUCAGUGGCUGAAAAAAUUCAUACAGCGGCACCCGGAAUUAUCCGAAAGAAAACCAGAAAAUUCCGACAAGGCAAGAUGUUCAAUGUCUAACAGGAAAGUAAUGGCUGAUUUCUUUGUUCUUUUGGACGACAUUCUUGGAAAAUAUGGCGUCAAAGACAAGCCGUCGCAGAUUUUUAAUUGUGACGAGACUGGAUUUUCUGGGAGAGAAACAGCCAGAUCAAAAGUUAUUGGACCGAAAAAAGGACACGUAUUUCGACGAAGAGUCACAACGACUGAUCAUAUCACUGCGCAUUUAUGUGUUUGCGCAGAUGGCAGAUUUUUGCCAACCAUGGUUAUAUACCAGGGUUCGCUUCCACACCGUAAAUAUACUGAUGGAAUACCAGAUUGCUGGGGAUAUGCAACCAGUGAAAAUGGCUACAUGGACACCCAGUUAUUUCAAAGAUGGUUUGCAGAUUUUUUCAUUCCCAACUGCGGCCGGGAGCGUCCUGUUGUCCUUUUAAUGGAUAAUUGUGACGCACAUAUCAGCGGUGAAGUAGUCAAAACAGCCAUUGCGAAUGAUGUAGUUUUGGUAGGACUUCCGGGACACACCACUCAUAUCCUACAACCUCUUGACGUAAAAGUAAUAGGCCCACUUAAGAGUCGUUUUUCUGAAAUGACGGCAAGACUUGGUUUAGGUGGUGCUGGUGUAAGUAUUGGGAAAGCAAAAUUUCCUAUUGUACUAAAACAUGCAAUUGACAGUGCUACUCCAGCAUCAGUUCAGGAGGCAUUUGCUAUUACUGGAAUAUGCCCAUACAAUCCACAGGCCAUUGAUACUUCACAGCUGGUGGAAGCUUCAUUUGAUCAUCGUAACGGAGGUAAUAAGAUUAAAUUUUGCUCAUUAUUUCUUUGUCAAUUUAACCCAGUUUGCCCUAUUAUUUAAGUGUUUAGUUCCAGAUGGGCAAUUUUAUAGAAGACAAACACCAAUUAGUGCAGCUGAGCGGUUCGAACGAUUUUUUAAUCCUGG